GACAGAAACUCAAAACCAAAAAAAAAAAAAAAAUCAAUUUUGUGUUCAUCUUUUCUCUCCUCUUUAUGUACGAUGUGUUACGGUCACAAUCAAUCGUUUUCACGCAACAGCCUCCGUAGCCGAUCUCACGACGGAGAAAACGAAGAUUCGUUGGUGGUCGAUGAUCUUCGUGACCGGCUCGCGGAAACAGAGGCGCGGCUGCGACGAGCCAGAGCGAGAGAAGCGGAGCUCAGCCGUCGGUUAGAGCAGAUGAAGAGGUUCGUUUCCGUCAUGGAGAUCAUGGAGGCUUUCUUAGAACGGAGAUUCCAAGAGCAGAAAGAUCGAAUCGAUCGCCUCUUCUCUCCCGUAUCAACCAAAUGAAGUAUCUUUCGUCUUCUUCCUCUCCUCUGUUUUUCUCUGUUUGUUCUGUUGCUAUGAAUCUCUUCUUCACGUAAAACCCUCUCUUGUUGUUUGUGUUCUGAUAAUAUCAAUUAAUCAAAUUAC